UAACUUGUCAAAUUGCCAACAAAAAUUCAAAAUCAGAUGAUUUUUAUUUAUUUAUUAUUUAAAAUUUUAAAAAGUGUUUUUGUGGCAAAUAAACCAUGUCCACAGACUUACUAAACCUCCUCUACCCCAAUGGAUAUCCUGAUGAUUGGCAAUACGACAAAAACAUUAAAGAUUAUCUGGCAAAAUUGGGCCAAAACAAAGUAGAAGAUCUACUAAAACAACCUAGAAAACUCCAGCUAGAGUACGCCAACGUCCAAGACCAAACCCAAGACCUGGCAGUUAGUAAUUACAAAACUUUCAUUGAAACUGCCGAAUGUUCUCGGGAGCUGUUCACCCAAUUCAACUCAAUCGAGCACAAACUAGACGAGCUAAUUGUUGACUUGCCUAAAUUCCAACAAGAAUGCGGUAGAUUCAGCGAGGCCACAGCCCAAAUCAGUCAUUUGAGGAAGCUGAAUUCAUUAACUUUGAGCAAAAAUGCUCAAUUAUUGGAAAUCUUGGAGCUGCCUCAGUUAAUGAACUCAUUUAUUAGCGACCAAUUGUAUGACGAUGCUUUAGAGCUAGCUAAUUAUGUGCAAAAAAUUUGCAACAAACACAUUGAUAUAGAGAUUUUCAAGAGCAUUUUGCAAGAUGUUAACAAGCUGUGGCUCAAAAUGCUCUUGCAGUUGCUCAAUGAGCUAAAGUCAGACAUUAAUUUGCCCAAAUGUUUGCAAAUUGUCGGGCAUUUGAGGCGUAUGAAGGUUUUCAAUGAGAUUGAGUUGCAAUUGAAGUUUUUGCAGGCAAGGGGUUGUUAUUUGGAAAAUUGCUUGAAGUACAUACCAAAAAAUGAGCAGUUUUUGUCUAAGUUUAUUGAAGUCAGUAGAGUAAACUUGUUUAAUAUAAUAACGCAAUUUAAGGCAAUUUUUAAUGAAAAUGAUUUAAUUUUUUUCACUUGGAUUAACAAUCGAAUUGAGGAUUUCUUACAAGUGCUUCGGUUAGAAUUAAAUUCCUCAAACAUUGACUCUGUAAUGGAUCAAUGCAUGUAUUUCGCGUUGUCUUUUAGUAAAAUUGGUUGCGAUUUUCGCUCCCUAUUACUACCAAUUUUCACUAAACAAUUAUUUAUUAAUUUCAAUGACAACUUACAAGAAGCUUUGAUUGUGUAUGAAAAAUCAAUUGAAAACUUUACUUUGAUUAACAAAAACUUACCAAACAUACCGUGGAAGUCUCAAGAUCCUUUACACCCUCCUGAUAGCUUGCUGGAGUUUUACCCACUAGCCGAAUAUUUGAAUAACCUACUCAAAAUCCUCAACAAUUACAAACAAAAUGCACCACUAUCUUUAACAAAGAAAAUAAUCAACCUCAUUCAAAACUCGUUAAUAUUAAUAUCAAAAUCCUUAUUGAAAUUAUACCUGCAAGAACAUCAAGCCUUUAAUUCGACCUCUAGGGAUGCUUUUACCAGAUUAUGCAUGAGCUUUUCUGAUGAUCUGAUUCCUUAUGUGCAAAAAUGCAUUCACGUUAUUUAUCCGCCGAGUCAAAUCGCGGCAAAACUGGGCGUCAGCGUGCGAGAGGAAAACUUGACUUAUUUAGAUAAGGAUUUAAUUGUUGAACCUAUACGGCACUUGUUGCCAAAUAAAAUUGAAUUUGAUGAACAAUAA